AUGCCGCAUGCGCGUACCAACGACCUCCGCAGGGCAUUAUUGGCGGCAUACUCAGACGAGUCGCAAUACUACCGAAUGCCAAAGAUUGCCGAGGAGUAUCUGGCAAAACACCCUGCCUCUGGUAUGGGCGAUUACGAAAAGAAGAGUUUCAACGAAGCGCUCGAGAUUCUGGUCUCGGCGAUGGAGAGAGACAAUAUUUCUUGGGGAUUGUGGGGCGGCUUUUUCGUCCUCCUGAUUGACCACUUGCGGUCUCUCAAGAUCAAGACUGAGGACGACGAUCUUGUUAAUAAGCAAUUGAAGAAGGAACAGUAA